AUAGUCACUGGUAACGGAGGAAGCUUAUAAAGGGUUUAGCUUCGAUAGACACUUCCAGUCAGUGUCGGAUAGACUCCGGAUCUAGUCGCCGCGACGUUGGGAAUUGCUAGGAUAGUGAACGAAAGAGUGCUAAGAUGGGAAGUUUUGCGUCAUUGAUCCUACUGUUAGCAGCUUUCGCGGGAUGUCACUCGGCACCCGCCAGCACCAUCAUCCAGCCGGCUCAGUACUACUUGCUGCAGCCUCAGCCUCAGACUCUCAAAAUUCAACCGCAUCUGAUUCAACCAAUCCAGCAGCUCAAACUUCAACCCAAACAGCAACUGAUCUACUACUACCCAUCGAUCCCGCUGGGAAGCCAAAUCAACGAUAAGCCUCUUCAGCUUAUCACCCUCAAAGAGGAGGAGACACCGUGGUGGCAGGGAUUCGUCAACUUUUUCCAGCCACCGAAUUCGGAAAAACCGCCAGAGUCACCUGAAUCCGCAACGGAAGCUCCGGCCGAAGCCGAAACGAUGAUGAAACAACAGACGUUCAUGAUUCCGGCCGACGCCGAACAGAUUCCGUCGAAAGCCGGCGUCCAGUACGGUCCACAACUGCAAGGACACCGUUAUUACAUUCUGUCCGGAUCGCCUCAGUUCUAUGGAAAUUUCGAUGCCCUUCAGAAUCCUCUGAGUCCGAUCUUUAGCCUGCAACCACUGCAAGCCAUCCAUGCGCGUGCCAAUUCGGGUAUUUUGGCCGAAGGAGAACAGCAACGGCUGCAACCUCAGAUCGUAACAUCAGUUGCUCCUAUUGCACCUGUUCCGGCGUUGGUUCCGGCUCAGUUGAAGAAUGACCUGCUAGAAUCCCAUCCAGACAAAGUUCCUGUGGGAGAUCGCACCUGGGCACGUUCUUUGGAUGACGAACCAGCACCGGAAUCGCAACCGCAGGAAUUGCCACAGUUGCAAGGUCGCUCUAAUUUGGAUGAACCAAGCGAACAAAAUCUUCCAAAGUCCGAGCUAGUGGAAGACGAUCCGAAAGAUGAAGAGGAAUCUUCUCGAGCAGCCAAGGAUCCCUCGGUUGCAGCAGUUAAACCAGGAGCGCUGGCAAUUGCCGGUGGUGGUGGCAUAGCCGCCGCUGCUCCGACCGGAACCGCUAUUGUUGGCAAAAAUGGGCUGGCUUUGGCUUCACCAUCGGCCACUUCCGUUGCUGGUGGUUUCUUCGAUGAUGAGGAUAAAAAGAACUAAAGCUGAAACCGCAAGUUUCAGCCACUAACAGUGACAGACCCCGCCUACUGUGAACUUGCAUUUGGUACUAGAUCAAUUAGUGAUAAAUUUUGCAUUAAAAUUGCAUUAGUGAGCAGCAGAAAUCUCAACAAUGGUGCUGGUAGCAAAAGCUUAUCGGAUGAUCUCCUCGGAUGAAUCAAAAGAGUGAGAACAUUUUUUCUUAGUGGAAAGUAAAUCUAAAAAAAACAAGGAUAUUUUGUAUACGUAAAUAGAAACAUGACCUGGUUUACUCGUUCGCCCAGAGUCGAUAGUUGGACUGACAAUCCCACCUCAAAGAGAGCGGGAAUUACUACAUUUAGACAUAAUGCCGUCCCGGAUUCAAAAUCUUAGCGCAAGAAUGUAAUUUUAGGUGAUUCAAAAGCAACUAUUAGAUAAUUCAUCGUUCACUAGAAUUAGAAACACUUGUAUCAUUUAUCAUAAAUCAUCGCAUCACGCACUGCAGCUAGCUAAAAGAUUGAGCUGAAGGUUUUCAGAGCCACUGCCAUGGAUUGAAAAAUGUUCUCAAAAUCACAGCUCAAUCGGAGGGAACUCAUAUCCAUAGAAAAGCAUGCACUUCAUCAUAACAAAAAUGUGUUUAAAGAAAAAUACUAAAAAAAGCAAUAAAAUAAACGUAUGA